UAGCUGCAGGUGCACACAAGAUGCCAGUGAACACAAGAGCUAAGAAGUUUUGUCCUCCCCUCAAAAGCCAGCCCCUCUCUCCGGCACUCUCCUCCGCUCCUCAGAGCCAGGAAUCCACUGCCAACACUGGGGACAGUCUGCCAGACACACAGACACACACUGUUCUUUCAUAUUGUGACAGCUAUCAGGCAGAAGAACAGCCCUCUACCCCGCUCCUCUGUGUAGAGCAACCCUCAACCCCGCUCCUUUGGGAAGAUGUUCCAAGUAAUGAAGACAGUCUGAGUUCAAGUAAUAACUCAUCUUUGUGCUCAGCCAGUGAGGAAAUCGAUGAAAAUGAAAACAUUGAACAGACGUCAAGGUUUAAACCACACAAGCGAGACCGCCUACCUGUUGGAUAUGGCUAUGGAAUCCUCCAACACAACCAAAACAAGAAAAAGAAAACAGUGGCUGACUUAGAGCGAGGGACAAGAGGGAAGAAACGUGUUCGUAUCUCGACACCGCUGGCUGGAGUAGAGAAGGGAAAGAGGCUGUGUGGACGAGACUUGAGUGUCUAUGACUACCAGCCCACCCCCCCUGAAGCUGGGGGUGUGGUAAAGAGACAGGCGGUAGAUGUGUCAGGAUACUGUAGCUCUAGAGAAGAACAGUUGGUGAUUGACCGAGAAGUGAUUGCUGCGAUAAAGAAGACCCGACUUGAGUUGCAGGAGAUAAGAGAAAGGUACACCUCGAAACAUCACAGGCCCACCCCCCUUCAGUUUGUGGGUGUGGUCAGUAAGCCCCUCCCACUAGUAUUCAUGUCAUCAGGACUCACACUGAGCGAAGAGUAA